AUGCGAAGGUGUGAUGGACUAUCGAGGAGUCACCAAAUGAAGACUAGUUUUGACUGUUUACGGGAACAGUAUACGAGUCAGGGUCGGGAGGCGGAGUUGCGGGCACUGGAAGAUUCGACGGUGGUGUACACUGAUGACGCGUUCGGUAAUUAUACUGCACUCGUGAAGCCCGUGACAACGAGUGGUGGUGAUUUUCUUCCUGCAUACAGAGGCUACGAGAGGUCUGAGGAGUCUGUGAAGCGUGCGCACGUGGCUGCAGCCCGGGAGCUAGGUCUUGGACUACAACUCGAAUUCCAACCUUUAUUACAGGGAGGUGUUGUUGGCACUGUAUCUUAUGGAUAUCACUCGGGUUAUUCGGAUUGGCGAUACUGUGCAAUCGCGUGUGUGAGGAAUCCUCAUUGUAGAGCAUGGACGUUCAAGUAUCCUCUCACUAGACUUGUUCCACCUGUUAAGAUAUUGGGUGGACGGUACCAACUAGAGAGCUUCGAUACCGACAAUUUGACUAUUCCGAUAAUGCCACUGCUCACUGGGGCAGAAGCCCACGUGCCAUCCAGUGACCAGGAAUUCAGUGACCAGGAAUUUAUUGACCAGGAAUUUAUUGACCAGGAAUCCAGUGACCAGGAAUUUAUUGACCAGGAAUCCAGUGGUCCGUCGACAAAUAGUCCCUCAUUCGGGGGUCGCCGUUGGAUGGGGGGUCGUCUCCGAAGCAUUCGAUUGGAGGGAGAUUACGACCCGGGGUACUUGGGUGGGUGCUACAUGAAGACAGCCUUGGUGUCUCCAAUUCAUGUUGACGAUGAGAAAUCUUUGGCAAUCAGUGGGGGCCGUCGUCUGGUGGGUAACAAGGACAAUGUGAGUCGGGCAUUCUCCGAUUACUUCGGGGUGUAUUACAGGGAGAUGCUGGAUCAGUUGGGUUAUGGGGUGAAGCCGACAUUGGAGUUGUCUUUAGAGGCUACUGGUUGUUUGAGACCAGGUACGUUGUAUGUGAGUCGUAAUUACGAUGCAGGCAGUAUAAUAAAAAGGACCAUAGCCAAUGUGACGUUCGAUCAAUGUGUGGAAGCUUGUAGGGAUGACGGAGAGUGCGAAGGAGUACAGCACAGUGAAAUUGCCAUUCCCGGAUUUGCGUACAUGAGCAAGGUGAUUGAAGGAGAUGUAGUUGAGAUCGUGAGAUCUGAUAGUUGUUAUACGUUUAGCACAGUAUCGCCUACCCCUGAUAAUUCGUGGCCUUUUGUGCUGUCGGUAGUGAGGUUACCGGUGUGUGCUAACCUCGGUGUUAUUGACCCGAUUGCUGCAACGAGUACGACGUCUCUGAUGCAGAAGUGGGGUUAUCCGUUUGCCAGCAAUGGACGAAUGCAUGGUGUGACCAUUCGGGGGAAGCUUAAAAAGGGAAAAGGCAACAUCAUUGUUAAUUGUCCGACCGUACGAGAUUGCGAAGCCCAAUGUGAAGAUGAGGACUGUGAAGGCUAUUCUUAUAACACCAGGACUAAGGUGUGUGCUCUUGCCUCAGAGAUCUUAGACUUCCGCAGAGACUCUGUUGUAUACAUGGUAACCGGGCUUAAAAACAAAACCGUACCCGAUAUGGAUAGCAUACUAGGCUCAUUUACGAAUGUUAUUCCACGUAGCCAAGGGGAAUCCAGAUUAUAUGCUACAUGUACCACAGCUUCAUUAAACGCUCUACAAACCGUAGACUUCCAAUAUGCGAAUACAACUACGCUAUAUCAAACUCAGGACUGUCUUGACCUAUGCUGUAAUCAAGAUAAUUGUGUACAAUGGUUCUAUGAUCCAAAUAAAUUCAUGUGCUAUGUUUUUACUGAAGAGCACUCUACUAAAGUUGUUCUGCAUGAUUCAGGGCACUUUAUAACCGCAUUAGCCUUUUGCGAUUUAUCUGGAGACCCAAGUAAGCCCUGUUGUGCACUAUUAUAG